GGUCGGUCCUGUGCCAGCAAGAUGAGUUCCCAGAAACUGCAAGUGCUCGUCCUGGGUGUGGGCCUGGUCGGAAAACAGGUCAUCCAUCAGCUGCUCAGCGACUUACCAACCCAUCUUGCAUCCCAAUUCUCAAUCGUCUGGCUGGCCAACUCGAAGCAACGCCUCCAUGUCGCAGCCGGGCUCACAGGCACAGCAGAGGACGCGCUCUCCCAGCUCAGCAAGACAGAGCCUCACGGGCUGAGCCUGAGCAAGGUGAUUGAAGAAAUCGUCGAACUCGCAGAGGGCUCGCGAGGCAAGUACCUUUUCGUCGACAAUACUUCGUCGCAAGACGUCGCCAAUCUGUACCCGACCCUCGUCGGUGCGGGCAUCCAUCUCGUCACGCCCAGCAAGAAGGCAUUCUCGUCCAGUGCAACGCUGUACGCCGACAUCUUCAGAGCUGCCACGCAGUCCAAGGCGAUCGUGCUACGAGAGGCAACAGUGGGCGCGGGUCUGCCCAUCAUCUCUACACUCGAUGACCUCAUCAACACCGGCGACACCAUCCUCAAGAUCGAAGGCGUCCUCUCAGGCACACUCUCUUUCCUCUUCAACGAGUACAGUCAACCCAAGCCGACGACGACGACGACGACGACGACGACGCCAUUCAGUCAGAUCCUCAGGGGUGCCAAAGAAGCAGGUUACACCGAGCCGCAUCCGGGCGACGAUCUCAAUGGAUCAGACGUAGCCCGAAAGCUCACCAUCCUAGCAAGAAUGAUUCCCAGCCUGUCAAACUCUGAUCUGCUCAAAGAGGGAUUCCUCUCCGUCCCUACCCAGUCGCUCGUUCCUGCAGCUCUGCAAGACAUACAGGACGGCUCAGACUUUGUGCAGAAGCUGCCCGACUUCGAUGCCGACUUUGCCAAGCAAAACAAGGAAGCAGCACAAGCCGGCUGCGUUCUGCGCUACGUCGGCGUCCUCGAUCCACAGUCGGGUCAUAUCAAAGCAGGCCUAGAGAGAUAUCCUUUCGAUCAUCCCUUUGCUUCAUCGCUCUCGGGAUCCGACAACAUCAUCUCCUUCACCACCAAGCGAUACAGCCCAAACCCGCUCAUCAUCCAAGGCGCGGGUGCAGGUGCCGCCGUCACCGCCAUGGGCGUCGUCGCCAACGCCAUCAAGAUUGCGCAGAUCGUAUUGCCUCUGUAGGGAGAUCUGUUCACCGGC